ACACCAAGUCACCAACUAAGAGAAAAAUGGCUACUAACUUGAGUUUUUGGCUAUGUUUUCUCCUAAUCCUUUUCGUUUCGUUUUCGGGUUCUGAAUCUCGCCCGAUUGUUCCAUUUUCGAUGAGGAGUCAGGCAUUAUUGUCCGAGGGGCGACAAUACAGUUCCAAGGAAAUUUCAGGCGGGGCGACCAAAAAGCAUGCCCUGAUGGAGGAAGCCGAAUUAGUGUUGAAGGAAAGCAUGGAGAGACAGGAAGGAAAGCCUUUUGAGGAGUCCAAAAGACUGAGUCCAGGAGGACCUGAUCCAAAACAUCACUGAUUAAUCAUCUGCUAAAUUAUAGGCGUAAAACGAAACUCAUCUGUAAAAUUUGAUCAGCAUUUGGGUUGGGGCGGGCAAUAUUCUACAAAAAAUAAGCAAAAUUUAGUUUGCAGGUAUGCAUAGGAGUGGUUGAGUUUGGACAUUAUAUAUGUAUGUGUGUGUGUAAUGUUGAUGGCUGAUAAAAAAUAUAUAUGUAACGUUGAUGAAGUGUUUUACAGCCUCUCUUUGAUAUUUGAAAGCUUUUGUUGCAGUAAAGUAGUGUGUGUAUCAUUUCGUGAUGUAGCACAUUAAAUGAUGCCCUCUUGAGAACACCAUUAACAAAGGAUUGAGUUUGUA